CAGGGGAGCUGUACCAAGCGGUGCAUCCACUGGAAUCUAUGAAGCCUUGGAGCUGCGGGAUAAUGAUAAGUCACGCUUCCUUGGAAAAGAAUGAACUGGCCAUAACAUGGAGCCAGCAGACUCAGACCCGGUGCGCAAAGCCCUUCAAGCGCGGGGUCAACACAUAUCGAAGCAGGAUGAGCAGCUUGCUGCCCUCCACCUUCAUCUAAAGGGACUGUUGGAGCAUCAGGACACUAUGAUGAGACAGGUGGCCUCACAGUUUGAAGUUCUAAUGAAUAUGGUUCAGAUGAAGGAACCAGCUGGCAGAGGACCCAAUGCCGCCACUGUACCACCAUUUCCAUGUGAAUCAGUCACCAUGCCGCCACCUGCCACCUCCGCUGCUCUCUGCCCACAGCUCUCUCACUCAGUGCGAACUCCACUUUGAGCUGCAGGCAGCUGCCUUCCCUACCGAGCGGGCAAAGAUCGCUUUUGUCAUUUCCCACCUGACUAGUCGUACGGAGGCGUGGGCUACUGCUGAAUGCAGCCGCAAUUCCACCGCGUGUCAUUCUUGGGCUUCUUUCAUAAAGACUAGGGAGCAAGGUUUUCAGUAUUCAACACCAGAUCGUGAGGCAGCUCGCUCUCUUGUCACCUUACAACAAGGCAAGCGCAGGGUGUCAGAUUACGCGAUUGAGUUUCGCAUUUGAGCAGCUGAGAGUCAGUGGAACAACGGGGCACUACUCGAUGCAUUUUUUCAAGGACUAUCUCCUGCCGUCAAAGAUCAUUUGGUCCCACUAAAACUGCCGACCAACUUGGACACUCUCAUCGCUCUCGCCAUAAAGAUCGACAAAAGGCUUUUGGAUCGCGAGGUGGACGGAGAUCGGCAGAAGGAUGCGCCACCGCGAACUUGGAGGACGAGCCUCGGUGACCAGCCAAACCAAGGCAGAUCCCCUGUUGCCAGUCUCAAUCCACUGGCUAGCGUCACCACGGAUGAUGUUCCGUCUCUCCCCUGAGGAACGUCAACGCCGGCUGCUUGCCAGGUAUGCGCUGAUAACAAGCCCUCUCGUCAACGUCCUUCUGGGGAGUUGCGACUCCGCCAAUACCACAACGUCCUUGGUCAGACAUUUCUGUAGAAUUUGUGACAGGAUUACUGGCCUCUAAAGGAAAUACCACCAUUCUCACAGUUGUUGACAGGUUCUCUAAGAUGGCACACUUCAUUGCACUGCCGAAACUCCCCUCAGCUAAAGAAACUGCCGAGUUGAUGAUAAAUCAGGUGUCUUACAGGCAGUCGAGCACAUUAACUCAUCUAUUGCACCUGCACUUGUUGACCAAGAUGUAUCUGUGGUUGAGCAAGAGAGAAUCGACCAGCUGAUGAUCGACAUGGAUGGCACGGAGAACAAAUCUAAAUUCGGUGCCAACGCCAUUCUGGGUGUGUCGCUGGCUGUUUGCAAGGCAGGUGCAGCAGAGAAAGGAGUCCCUCUAUAUCGUCACAUUGCUGACCUUGCAGGAAACCCCAAGGUCAUCUUGCCUGUGCCGGCCUUCAAUGUGAUCAAUGGUGGCUCCCAUGCAGGCAACAAGCUUGCCAUGCAGGAGUUCAUGAUCCUUCCGGUUGGCGCGGGCACCUUCAGGGAUGCCAUGCGGAUUGGAGCCGAGGUCUACCACAAUCUCAAAAAUGUCAUCAAGAAGAAGUACGGCCAGGAUGCCACCAAUGUGGGAGAUGAAGGUGGCUUUGCUCCAAACAUCCUGGAGAACCAGGAAGCACUGGAGUUGAUAAAGGAGGCCAUUGCUAAAGCAGGAUACACAGACGAGGUUGUGAUUGGCAUGGAUGUGGCAGCCUCUGAAUUCCACCGGGAAGGAAAAUACGACCUGGACUUCAAGUCUCCCGACGAUCCGUCUCGCUACAUCACUCCUGAAGAGCUGGCUGACCUCUACAAGAGCUUUGUGAAGGAUUAUCCAGUGGUGUCCAUCGAGGACCCAUUUGACCAGGACGACUGGGCGGCGUGGAGCGACUUCACCGCCAGCACCGACAUCCAGGUCGUCGGAGACGAUCUCACUGUGACCAACCCGGCUCGCAUCUGCAAGGCUGUGGAGGAGAAGGCCUGCAACUGUCUGCUGCUUAAAGUCAACCAGAUUGGCACCGUAACCGAAUCUAUGCGAGCGUGCAAGAUAGCCCAGGAGAGCGGCUGGGGAGUGAUGGUGAGCCAUCGCUCCGGAGAGACCGAGGACACCUUCAUCGCGGAUUUGGUGGUCGGCCUGUGCACUGGACAGAUCAAGACUGGGGCACCUUGUCGCUCUGAGCGUUUGGCCAAAUACAAUCAGAUUCUCAGAAUUGAAGAGGAGCUGGGAGACAAAGCUUGUUUCGCUGGGAAAAACUUCAGACAACCGUUGGCAGAGUGAAUUUACACCCAACAAAAACCACAGGAAACCCCCCAAAACAUUAUAAACCUAUAGGUGAACUGCUGAAAAUAAAGAUGUUUUUUUUUUUUUUAAUGUGAAGUAAAUUAAGAUUAAGAUGUAGGCUUCUCUUGGCGAUCUAGUUAAUAAAAGACA